CCUGUGAACUGGUGGUUGGCAGAAACUCAUUCAGACGGUCAGGCGGAAGAAGAAGGUAAUCUGGAAACAACCUCGCUUCCAGAAUAACCGCUGAAGAGCAACCCGCGGCCUCGUGCGUCUGUGGCUGUUGAGGAGGACGGGGACAGGAGCGCGCAGCCUCAUCUUUUAGAAAUCUUUGAAUGAAGCCAUGACAAGAUGGGCUCGAACUAACAACACUCACAGCAAGAAGGCUCUAGAUGCAACACCAUGGGAAGAUAUGAAAAAUAGUUCCUCUGGAACCACAGCAACAAAUAAAAAGCAAAGUCCUUUAAGGAAUCUCCAAGGAAAAAAGAAGAAUAAGAAGAAAAAAGACUACCUAAAUGAAGAUGUUAAUGGUUUUAUGGAAUAUUUAAAACAAAAUUCGCAAUUGCGUAAUGGAAAAGUGAUUGAUAGCCACAAAGAUAAGGAGGAAAUAGCAACAGCCUUAAAGAAAGAUCAACGCCGGGAGACCAGAAGGUUGAAAAGGCAGGAUAUAAAGAAGAACAGCAUGGUAUGCUUCCACUGUAGAAAGCCAGGACAUGGUGUUGCAGAUUGCCCAGCUGCACUUGACAGCCAAGAUAUGGGAACUGGAAUUUGUUAUCGUUGUGGAUCUACAGAGCAUGAAAUCAAGAAAUGCAAAGUAAAAAUAGAUCCUGCUCUUGGAGAAUUUCCAUAUGCAAAAUGCUUUAUUUGUGGUGAGAUGGGACAUCUUUCCAGAUCAUGUCCAGAUAAUCCUAAAGGACUCUAUGCUGAAG